AUUCAGUCGUCCAUGUGCAGUCGACAGCAGAUUACAACAAACUUAUUAUUUAACGACAAUUUAUGUGCGUGAUAGCUUUUAAAAACAAAUAAAUUUUGUUGUUUAUAAUAAUAAUGUUAAUCUUGUGGUAAAAUAUGUUUUGGACACAUCGAGUUUGCGGAUUCAAUUAGAUUGUGGUAUAAAAAUAGAUAUAAACAAUGGCUAAGGUUAUUACUUUCCUAGUAUGGCUGAUUAUACUCAUUUUUAUAUCGUUCGCUGUAGCAUCGUUUUGUGCGGGUUUUUACAUUCUAUUACUUCCGCUUACAGUUUGUAUAAAAGGGCUCAAGGAAUUGACUGAUUUACUGUUGAAAGGAUUACAGUUUCCUCAUUACUGUGCUACACAAAUGAUGUCUAAAGGAAGUCAAAGUGGAUAUCUCAAUAUUUAGUUUUAUAGUUUUUAUAUAAAUGAUAUGAUAAAUCAACAUCACUUGUUUGAUUCUCCCAUGAUAAAAUUACAAAUGGUUUAUAAUAAUAUGUUAUAUUCUGUAUAGAAUUUACAUUAGGUAGGUUGUUAUUUUUGAACUAUGUGGCCAAAUUUGUUAUUAAAGUAAGACUGCGAUUUUCGUUGUCCACAAAACUGUA